UACAUUUAUCAAUUCAUUUCUUUUAUAGGAGUACAUUUGUAAAAUACAAGAUCGGAGCAAUUUACAUUAUCCGAAGGUCGGUUUUGUCGGGAAAACACUUGAACUAACAAAAUCAGGGUUUUUUUUUCCAGAUUCACCUCUUUUUCCAGCUUCUACUUUUUUUUUGCUGGUUUGAAGAUAUUAUGGCUUCCGAAGACAACACUGUUGAGCUGAAAGAAGAAGUUCCUGAGAUAGUUCCAUUUGAUCCUUCUAAGAAAAAGAAGAAGAAGAAGGUUGUCAUUCAAGAUCCUGCUGAUGAUCCUGUGGAUAAAUUGGCUGAGAAAACGGAAAACCUGUCAGUUUCUGAAGGAGUUGACAAUUCCUUUGCUGGUUUGAAGAAAAAGAAGAAGAAACCUGUUGAAAAUAAUCUUUCGGGCGAUGAUACUGCUGAUGUUGGGGAAGAUAAGGAUGAUCAAAUUGGAGAAGAUGAAGAGGGAGAGGGAAUAGUUUUGGAGUCUGAACCACCACGAUAUCCAUGGGAAGGAAGUGACCGAGAUUAUGCAUAUGAAGAGCUUCUUGGAAGGGUGUUUAACAUCCUUCGUGAAAAUAACCCAGAACUAGCUGGAGAUAGGCGUCGAACAGUCAUGAGACCUCCACAAGUGCUGCGUGAAGGAACGAAGAAGACAGUUUUCGUUAACUUUAUGGAUCUUUGCAAAACAAUGCACAGGCAACCAGAACAUGUUAUGGCCUUUUUACUGGCAGAAAUGGGAACAAACGGAUCCCUAGAUGGGCAGCAGAGAUUAGUUGUAAAAGGAAGAUUUGCCCCAAAGAAUUUUGAAGGAAUAUUGAGGAGAUAUGUUAAUGAGUAUGUUAUUUGUACUGGUUGUAAAAGCUCAGACACCAUACUUUCAAAGGAAAACCGUCUCUUCUUCCUCAGAUGUGAACAGUGUGGCUCGGGACGUUCUGUUCUUCCCAUCAAAACUGGAUUCGUUGCUCGUGUUGGACGUAGGACUCAAGGUGCUUAAGAAUGCCAAUGUUUUAUUUCGUCCCUUGUAAAACCAAAUUUUGUUCCUACUGUUUUUAGAGAAAGACAACCGAUUAAGGUUGUCAUUGUUAGAAGAACGAUGGCGAUACGCCUUCCUGGUCUUCAUGUAUGCACUACUUUCUUGUGUUUGUUUGUCGGUGAUUCGGAAUUAUUUUCCGUCUUAAACAACAGUUUGUUAAAUUUGAAAAUGACAGCAAUUUAUUUGAGUUGGGACAACACUGAACUAAUUUGAAAAUGACAGCAAUUUAUCUGAGUUGGGACAA